AUGGCCGAAACGAAAGAGGAAGUUAAAGCAUAACCCAAAGUAUAUGCUUAUGCCGAUCUAAUCGAAUUCGAGAAUAAGCAAGCCUUUAGUUCAAUAGGGAAGAUGCCACUAUCAAACAAAUAGACACUGCCGAGUUUUAGUUUUGGCUCAGCUGAACGUGCAAAUUAAGCGAAACUUUAUCACAACAAAGAACUUGCGAGAAUAGAUUUUGCAGGCAAGGCUAGUCCUGGACCUGUGUACAAUGUAAGAGGAGGAGAUCAUUUUUAUUACACUUAAGAUGCGAAUACUAAAUUCGGAACUGAUGCGCGUAAUACUUUGGGCACAGGAGCGAAGUUUGAUUACUAUCAAAGGAAGGACGUGGAUUUUGAACCUCAAGAAGCAGAUUUGAUUCGAAAACCCAAAUAUCCAAACGUUAAGAUUGGAUUGGAAUCCAGAUUCCCUCCCGAAAAAAGAUUAAAGGGAACUCCUGGUCCUCAAUACGACCCAGCGAUUAAGCCUGAGGUGCCCACUCCUGCUCAAUAUUCAUUUGGAUAUAGGAGGGACAUCCCAGGGGCAUCAGCCUUGGCUCCCACUUGUUCAACCCCAGUGAUCGUGGGGCCAGGAGCGUACUUGUAGAAGCCUCCUGCAAAUACAAGUAAUUUGGAGGAUGCUCCUCAUUGGACUUUACCUAAGGGCCCCAAGUUAGGGAAGAUCUUCGAAGGGUGGGAUAAGAAUCAGACCUACGACACAAAACAGAUUGCUGUAGGAGUGCAAGUGAAUUCUAAGAAAAAGUCGUAUCCAGCAUUCAGUGUGGGGAAGUCUACUAGGGAAGCGAAGGUUGGACACUUCACGUAAUUAAUGGUCAAGGUUCCAUCGAAGGUACACAUACCCCAUCCAAAAAUAUGAUUAUUUAAAGAUUUCAUAUUAAGAAUAUAU